AAAAAAGAAGGAUGAUGCGUCUAGCGUGUUCCACAGCCCUGCUGUUCGUUUUGAGGCUGCUGGUGGGCUUGCCUUGGUACCAGGUUAUUCCGGCCGUCCUGAUCUUCUACCUGGGAAGCGGAGGAUGGAGCUUCCUGCAGAUUUUUGCCAAGACAAUUGGCAGAGACUUACAUGCGGCAGGUGUGCUGUUGCAGGUGAAGUGGAAUGUCAAACGCCACCUCAGAGAGAAGAACACAAUUCCCAAGAUCUUUGCUGAAACGGUGGCCCGCCACGGGGACAAAACAGCACUGAUCUUCGAGGGGACCGGGGAGAGGUGGACCUUCCGACAGUUGGAUGAGUACUCCAACAGAGUGGCCAACCUGCUGCUGGAAAGGGGUUUCAAGGAAGGCGACGUGGUGGCUCUUUUCAUGGAGAACAGAUCCCAGUAUGUGGGCCUCUGGCUUGGCAUGGCCAAAAUCGGAGUGGAGGCCGCUCUUAUCAACUUCAAUUUGAGACUAGAGGCCUUGGUCCACUGUGUCACCAUCUCCAAUGCCAAGGCUGUGGUGUUUGGCUCAGAGCUGAAUGAAGCGGUGUCCGAGGUCCACAGUUUAAUGGGGAGAGCAGUGCAGAUGUUCUGUUCAGGAGACUGGGACCCCAAACGAGUCCCACAGGGAACCGAGUGCCUAGAGCCCCUGUUGGAUAAUGCCCCGUCCCACCUGCCAAGCCGGCCGCCACGCUGCUUCACAGAUCGCCUGUUCUACAUCUACACGUCAGGAACCACUGGGAUGCCUAAAGCUGCUAUUGUUGUGCACAGCAGGUACUACCGCAUGGCAGCCUUGGUAUAUUAUGGCUUUAGGAUGACUCCAGAUGACGUGCUGUACGAUUGCCUUCCGCUCUACCACUCUGCAGGUAACAUUGUGGGAGUGGGCCAGUGUUUAUUACAUGGCAUGACCGUAGUCAUCAGAAAGAAGUUCUCUGCCUCGCGUUUCUGGGACGACUGUGCCAAAUACAACUGCACUAUUGUGCAGUACAUUGGUGAGAUCUGCCGAUACCUGCUGAACCAGCCGGUUCGGGACACGGAGAAACAACAUCGGGUGCGCAUGGCGCUGGGCAACGGCCUGCGCCAGUCCAUUUGGGAGGAGUUCAUGAACCGCUUCAAUAUCCCACAGAUCGCAGAGUUCUACGGAGCCACAGAGUGCAACUGCAGCCUGGGCAACUUUGAUAACAAGAUUGGAGCCUGUGGCUUCAACAGUCAGAUCCUACCCUUCAUCUACCCCAUCAGACUGGUGAGGGUUGAUGAGGAGACCAUGGAGCUCAUUAGGGGACCUGAUGGCGUCUGUAUUCCCUGUAAACCUGGUGAACCUGGGCAGCUAGUCGGAAGGAUCAUUCAGAAUGACCCUCUUCGGAGGUUUGAUGGCUAUGUCAACCAAACAGCAACCAGCAAGAAGAUUUCUCAUAGUGUCUUCAAGAAGGGAGACAGUGCCUAUCUCUCUGGUGAUGUUUUGAUCAUGGAUGACUGCGGCCACAUGUACUUCAAGGACCGUACAGGAGACACUUUCCGCUGGAAAGGAGAGAACGUCUCAACGACCGAGGUGGAGGGAACUCUCAGCAGGCUGCUGGACAUGAAAGAUGUCGUUGUCUAUGGAGUUGAAGUACCAGGAGCAGAGGGAAAGGCUGGAAUGGCCGCCAUCGCUGACCCGUCUCAAUCCACUGACCUGGGGAAGUUUGUGAAGGACAUGGAGAAGGCUCUUCCUCCCUACGCCAGACCUGUAUUCCUUAGGUUCCUUCCGGAGGUCAACAAGACAGGAACGUUUAAGUUUCAGAAGACGGACUUGCGCCGGGACAGCUUUGACCCCAGCGCGGUGUCAGACAAACUUUACUUCCUGGAUUCCAGAAGAGGGUGUUAUGUGCAGCUGGACGAGGAGCUUUACCGCUCCAUACUGUCAGGAAAAAACAAAUUGUGAUUAGCAGGCUGACCACUACAUCUACUCAUUUACACAUAGACACACACACACACACAUACAGAUACAGAAAAGAAGACAAUAUUGCGUGACCAGGAUAGCAGAAUGCAGGGCCAUGUCCCCAUAAUAAAAUACAUAUAAAGUGAUAGCCAUACACACUCCCUUGCAUACACACUCAAAUGCCCAUUUACACCUACACACACAUUGUAUUCCCAAAACCACUUUGCUCUUUAAAAUCUCUAAAAGCAGACUUAUGCACGCCACACACACACACACACACAGCACCACUCCAUCCAUCCCCAGCAACUCCUCUCGCUACCUCAGCAAACACAGAGAGAGGCACAAACCUAGUAUUUGGUAACUUGAAACCACCGUUCAUAGCCACACAAUCCCUGCCCACACAGGCCUCAAGCAGCCACGCCUAUCCACCCUGGUCCAUCAAACCACGUGUUGCUGUGGGACACAACUGGGAGAGAUGUGUGGAGUAGUAGUUGCCUGGCAUCCGGAAUGCAAAAACUAUGAACUACAGAUAUCCACAGACCUAAAGGAUGCUGAGAAGGAAAAUGGAUUCAGUACAAAGAGUGUGUGUGGGACAACGGAGGGACCUAUGAGGACCUGGACUGUCUCUAUGUCUGUCAGCGAAAUUGUUUCGACUGGAAAAGACUGGAGGCUCUACCGACAACUUCACCUGCGCAAUCAGCAGUGACAAACCUGCAUGACAACUACAGUUUUAUAAGGUUAACUUUAUAAUAAUAUUUAUGGCAACUCUCUGGUCUCCCUGUUUUCAUUUCCACCACGCUCUACAGAGCUUGAGAUGAAAAUGAGCAAAGGACACCUGUUUUUUUAAAAAAGGAAACACCAUGUGGAUUUUAGGGAUGUUGGAAAGCCUUUGACAUGUAACCAGAUGUUAAAUUAGACCAGUGGUUGAAGCUGAAAGAUCUACUAAAGUGCAAUAGGGCUCCAGCAUUUGCAGUGCAAUAAUCAGCCGCACCACAUGAGCGCUGAUACAAAACAAAGAUCUGUAUUUAAAUAUGUCUGCAUCACACCAAAUAUAUUUAAGUUGUAGUUUUUGUUUACAUAUUUAAGUAAUUUAUGUUGUUGUAAAAGCUUUCUCAUUUGUUUUAGUGCAAAUGUUUCAGGUUGUUUUUGCUCCACAUGUGUAUCCAAAUCCGUGCUUCAGUAACUCUUUGAGUCCUUAAAAAACGAAGCUGCAGUAUGCAUUUUAUAUCAGAUGCUGGAACACAAAGUCCAGUGAUCUGACUGAUUCAACCCUGGGCUAAAUUCAUGGGGCUAUUUCCAUAAACAGGACUUGUAUACUGAGCUGACAUGCAGUAUGUUUGUGUGGCUGUAUUGUGCAGGUUUUGUCCUAAAAGGUAGUCGAUCAUACGGCGUGUGUAUUUUCUUCUAAAACAUAUGAAGAAGACUUGACUGAAGAUAGAGAACCACCCAAAUCGCCCGAUCAGCGAGGACCCUUGUUUUCAACAAUAUCGUGGUGCUAAGGAGGGAUGUACUGCCAGAUUCAAGAGAGCUGAAAGAUCCAAAGAUUCAAAGAUUGGAGUGGGGACAUUGACACGGAGGAGGGGGGCGCGUGGAAAUGGAACGGUAGAAGAAGAGAAAAUGUGCUUUUGUCAUCGAUGUUUUGUCCAUUGUUUGCAGUAGCUGUCAUCAGAGGUUGUAGUAGCAUGAAUGAGCAUCAUCAACCAAGCAGAGCACUGUGCCUUACUGUGAGUUCACCUCCCAGAUUCACAGGCCCUGGCCCACACAAAGUAUCUCAUGUGCUUCCCCGUAUUAGACUUGUAUCAUUCAGCUUCUUUCUACCAUAAUCUCUACGUUCCCUGUCAUAGUCGCCUCACAAAAGCUGGCCUAAAUCAUGGGAGCUCAUACGUUUAUUCUGAAAAAUCCAUUGCAGUCCAGCGACGGGCGUCUUCAUCCUGCCAAAUGCAGGAAGAGGUUGUGUUGAUGUCUCAUUGGACAAGAGUCCGCUUUUUGUGAGGCUGCUGUCCUAGCAUCUUGUCUAUUGACUUAUCCUCCUUUGAGUCUCCUCCGGUCUUCACUUAGUCCAAACUGUAACAUUAAUUUGUCUUCUAGGUUUCUUUUUUGGUACCUGUUUGUAGUUUACGCCUUUAUCAUCUGUCUGCCAACCAGCCCGAUCCUUUCCAUUCAUCUCAAACCUCUUCCCUCUUUCCUCUCCCUCUCUGUCGGUGGCCAUCCAAAUCCUUCGAGCUGGCACCUCUGUUCUAUCCUCGCUGUCUCUGUCGGGUACCAAGCCUCCACUCUCAGCCAUGUCUGCUUCAUCUUGCUGUUCUCAUAUUCAGACAAUAGUUUAAACAGUGAAUACAUUUCAAAUAUUUCCUAUUUGGAGCUCAUUUAAUGUUUGAUGGUGGUUUCUUUUUUGAGAUUCCUCAAGAGGUCUGGUGACAUGAAGCUCCAACUACACACUCAAAACUGUUCUCAGAUUUUUUUUUUGCCGAUGUGUGUUGUGCGUAGUCUGCCAUUACCCUGUGACUUUUUGUCAUACUUUUGCACCUGACCAUGUCCUCAGUCAUCUACAGUACAGCCAGGCUGGCCAUUUUCAACAGUGGUUGUGUAACUGGCUGUAGUGUCGAUGACUCAUUAUUGUUCUUUAUGGGUUUUAUUGCGCCAAUGCUUUCGUUAUAUUUUCUUCUGCACACUGAUUCUCGAUAUGUUUAAACGGCUUUUCCUAGUUCGUACUUUGCACUGACUGACACAGGUGACCUUGACAGCUGCAGUCGUCUGCAGAGAUCGUCAAAGUCGCUCUCACCUAUCAUUUCCCUGUUUUGGGAGGGGAAAGACCAACAAAGCUGUUUGACAGAAAUCUGGAUUUAUCCCUGCUUCCUCCGUGGUUCAAUGAGCCUCCUUUUUACUUCUAUUUAUUCUUGAAUGAUGAGAGUGAAAUGGACUCAUGAAUGUCUGAAAAAGCAAAUGAGUGACCAAUGAUUAUGAUGAUGUUGUGAAGUAAAGGUGACGUAUCUAAAGGAACACGGUUUGGCUGUUAUGAUGCUUGUGGCUGAGGGUUGUCAACCCUGAACAGUCCCACAGCAGAGCACUCUGAAUAAGAUAUUUCCAUUUUCCACUUUCUUUUUUUUUUUUUGAAAAUGAGUUUUAAAUUAUUAUUUUUUUGAAGGAACUGUUAAUUAUACUUUGAUUGUUUCACUGCUAUAUGUGUUUGCUUUAAUUUUUUUUUUUUUCUUUGCGUGAAAUCAUAGCAUUUGUGAUUUUGGUAUAUAAAAAGAAAAGAAAAACAGGAUUCAUGCAUGAGUGUAAGACAAUCGAAUGGCAGUUGUGUUUUUCUAACUUUUUUAUAAAAUGCACUAGGAAACAGCCAGGGAGUAACUCUUUCUGGAUCAGUUGGUGUAAUAAUAGAUUUUGACCAGGAGACAAUUUUCCAUUUCACAGCUAAUAUAUAUUGUUUUGAAAAGUCUAUGGUGAACCAGAUGAGUCAACUGAAGGGAGUGAGGGCUCUGUAGGACGGGGUUCAUUCAGGUUUUGGUGACGCCUGUUUGACCAGAGGAGGGCGCUGUGUCCUUUCUCAGAAAAGACAGUUUUAAUCUGGUCUUUGGACGACAAAUGAAAAGAACUAAUGACUACAAGUUAAACUACUGUAGCUGGAAAUGUAUUGGUGAAAAUGAAACCACAUAUGAUAUGUUUAUAAAACAAAUUUUAAAUGGAUUUAAAUGUUUUUAUAAAAGCCGGUUGAUAUUAUUAUUAUUAUUGGUUAAAAUCAUUGCCCCUGUUUUCUUUCAUAUAUUAUGAUCUAAGAAACAUAUUAGCUUUUUUCAUGAUCCUCUGCAUAUUUUGAAGUCAUUACAUUACAGAAAUUUCAACCCAGCCCCCAAAUACACCUCUCCUAAAAAAUUGUCAGCCAUUUUGAUCGAUGUGAAUAUAAGUUUAUUCAGUUGACAUCAAACUGUCACCAGUAGAUCAUUCUGAAAUCAGUCAAGAUAUUUCUGAUUACACUGUAAAAAAAAAUGACUGGUGAUCCAAGAACAAGUCACCUCUAAGGUCACAGUUAAGUUUGUCAUUUAGGGACUGUGAUCCAGAAACCCUGGCUGUGUCUCUGGUGAUUGCUGCCCCUCAUGCCUCUGAUCAACAUUUUCUCACACUGCUUUUUGCACUUUUUGUUUGUCUGUUUUUUCCCCUAUCGUGGUCCUCAGGAACAUCAAGCAAUGCUAGAGAAGGAAUCAUGUUUAUACCCGUUUAUGCCUAUGUGUGUGAAAGGUUUUAUUUUAUUACUUUAUUUUGUUGUCUCAUUGCACAGGUGGCAGAUCUCGCCUUGUGCGGAGUGUGUAGGGGAGGUGUGUGAGGUGUCCUGUGUGUGUGUGUGAGACACACACACACAGGACACUGAUGUCCUCUUGUCCACUGAAGGCUAGCUGUAUACAUCAUGCAUUUCAAGAAAAUGAGAUAAAAGCAGUGCUGCAAAUGGAAAAUCAUUGUUAAUAAAAACCUAUUUAAAUUGU